AUGGACAAGCAAGCUGCGCAGAGUGCCGUCGUCGCGGACAUGAGGCGAAUGUUGGCAGAGGCCAAAGAGACGCUUCUGGCGGCCCGCGCAAAGAAGGAGGCAAUGAAGAUGGCUGCUAUUCAGAAUGCUAACAUACAUGUCGCCAGUGGAAGUGCAAGUAGUGCAGCUCCUUCAGCCGGCGGUCUUUUCGGCACUGCAUCGCAGCCUCAGACGACACAACCCUCCACGGGAUCAGGUCUCUUCGGUGGUGGCUCUUCGGCCGCACCGAGCACCGGUGGACUCUUUGGCAAUGCUUCUGCACAGCCGGCUCAGGCAGCUGCAGGAACUACAGCGCAAUCGGCUGGGUCAGGUUUAUUCGGCUCGUUGAACACCAAUACCAACACCCAGAAUACCCAGCAACCGACCGGCGGCGGUCUGUUUGGAAACUCCACCGCGAAUACUGCCCAGCCGCAGCAGCAAACAGGAGGUCUAUUUGGAUCUAGCACUGCAAAUAAUAAUCAACCACAACAGCAGACUGGAGGUCUGUUUGGGGCCAGUACCCAGACUGCUCAGCCGGCACAAAACACCUCUGCCUUUGGAUCAUCCAUUCUUGGUGCAGGAAACCAGCAAAACUCCAAUGCAUUUUCCACAUUGGGUGCCCAGUCAACCAACCAACAAACUGUGCCUGGUGUGCGGAUAGACCUUUCCAACGUUCGCGGAACAACACGCUUCAACGACCUUCAGGAGGACUUGCAAAAGAAGAUUGUCUGGCUCGACGACCAGAUCCAGUCGUAUAUGAAUCAAAAGCACGAGCUGGAUGCUUUCAUGCCUGGCCAUGGCGACAUGCUCUCGAACAUUCCCAACGACGUCAAAUUUGUCCAGAUGAAAUAUGAUGGUGUAGAGAGUGCUCUACGUUCUGACGCUGAGGCAAUCGAGUCUGUUCAACUGCUACACCAAAAAGAUGCAGAAAAUGGGAGGUUGUGCUUCCGAGCUUUGGACAACCUCAAGCUUCCCCAGCAAUACCACACGAGCGGACUGUGGUCGUCACGCGCACAGGCAGGGGCUUCUACCAAUACAGAGUCUGACGGUCAGGACAUUGUAAACUUCUUCUCGAAGACGACUAGCGAGAUGGAUGAGCAACUACAGCGCUACGAAAACAAUCUGACCGAGAUUGAACUUCACAUGCACGGCAUCCAGGGCAGUCUGAUCGAACAACUACAGCGCAUGAUGGCCACCAAGAACGGUGGACCAUCCCCAAGCGAUGAGAAGCUUGCUGAGCUUGGUGCUGUCUUGCGCGAUUUCGAACAGAGUAUUCUAGAAGUUGCUCAACAGGUCGGUGGUGCGAGGGAGGGCAUGACUCGCUUGCAGCUUGGUGAUUUCCUCCCGAGCCGUCACCAUCCACGGAGCGGUGUGUAUUGA